AGGCUGGUUGGUCUAGCUCGCCCCCCAGUCUACCACCAGCGCAACAAGCCUGUCAACCGUGCUGCUCACACGGUCUGUGUACACAGAAAAUGCCCGGAAAGUGACUUCCAGAGGACGGCAGGACUGCCCGGACACAGGCUCUGGAUUGGGUGGAGGUUCUCUGACCGCCUAACCCGGGUCUCCUGCGCCGUCUCCGCAGCAGUAGUCCAGGCCUCAUGGAGCUGGGGACUCGGCGCCUGCUGUGCACCAGGGAGCUCGAUCCAUGCCCGGUUCCCAGCAAACAACCAUAGAGGGUGGGAACCUUAUUUACCCUUCAAUUCCUUUUUCCCAUCCCUCCCCCUGAAUUGCCCCUGUGGUGAUAUUGUCCUUUCCUGACUGUGGCUACAUCAUGAUUGGCAAGCUGAAACAGAACUUGCUGGUGGCCUGUCUGGUCAUCAGUUCGGUCACAGUCUUCUACCUGGGCCGCCAUGCCAUGGAGUGCCACCAUCGCAUUGAGGAACGCAGCCAGCCAGGUGGAAUCCUGCCUCUUUCAGCGCUGGGUGGUAGCAUGCGGACCACCUUACGGACAGGCCAGAAUCUCAGCACACCUUUUGUUUACAACAAAGACAUGCCACUCAUCUUCAUCGGUGGUGUUCCUCGCAGUGGAACCACACUAAUGCGAGCUAUGCUAGACGCCCACCCAGAGGUGCGUUGUGGCGAAGAAACUCGUGUCAUCCCACGCAUACUGGCCAUGAAGCAGAUGUGGAGCCGCUCGGGCCGGGAGAAGAUGCGACUUGAUGAAGCGGGUGUGACAGAUGAGGUGCUGGACGCCGCCAUGCAGGCCUUCCUGCUGGAAAUCAUUGUCAAACACGGUGAGCCUGCUAACUUCCUCUGUAACAAGGACCCUUUUGCACUGAAGUCGCUUUCUUACCUGGCCAAGAUCUUUCCCCGUGCCAAGUUUGUGCUUAUGAUUCGAGAUGGACGGGCUUCAGUGCACUCCAUGAUCUCACGGAAAGUGACCAUCGCCGGCUUUGACCUAGGCAGCUACCGGGACUGCCUGACCAAGUGGAAUCGGGCCAUAGAGACAAUGUACACUCAGUGCCUGGAGGCAACAGACAAAUGUCUACCUGUGCACUAUGAGCAGCUGGUCCUCCAUCCAGAGAAAUGGAUGAGGACACUGCUGAAAUUUCUUGACAUUCCUUGGAGUGAUGCUGUUCUCCACCAUGAGGAGCUCAUUGGGAAAGCUGGAGGAGUGUCUCUCUCCAAGGUGGAGAGGUCUACAGACCAGGUCAUCAAGCCAGUCAAUGUGGAGGCCUUGUCAAAGUGGGUGGGAAAGAUCCCAGCUGACGUGGUGAGAGACAUGGCUGUCAUCGCUCCCAUGCUGUCCAGGCUGGGCUACGACCCUCACGCCAACCCCCCAAACUAUGGUCGGCCUGACCCCAAAGUACUGGACAACACCAGAAGGGUCUUUAAAGGUGAAUUUCAGCUCCCAGAUUUCCUAAAAGAACAGUCACAGAUCCAGAAGUCUGCAGAGAGACCCAACCCCAGUUAGGAGUAGAGGAGCAUCAGCCCACAACACAGUUCAGGACUCUGCAGUGGAGCUCCUGUUCACGGCAUCGUCUCACCCAUCGCACCAUCCAUGUUGGGCCUCAGCACGUCUUAAGGAUCACAUGUCCACAGCAGGACAGUCUCCUCACCCUCCUCCUCACCCCCGCCUCUUCCUGUGGGCUGCUAUUACUACUCGUCUUCAGGAGAACUCUGGGCUUUCGAUGUUGUACUGUACAGAAAGAAAAUCCUGGUCCUCAGCACCACCGAAUGUCUGCUGAUUGUCAGUUCAGUGUCACAUCACGCUCAUCGAUUUGUAGAAAUCAUUUUUGCCUAUUUAGAGAACAACUUUGAUUCUGUUGUAAGAAAUUGCAGUGAACUGAAAUCGCAACAAGUAUUUAUGAAUGGAAAAUUAGCUUUUGGAAGAUGCAAUACCUAUUUUAAUGUUUAAUUUUUUUUCAUGCCUUUGUAUUGUGCAAUGUCAUGGGUACUGAUCAGUUUGACGUAUCAACCGUGAUAAACAAUGCUUUUUUUCUAAA